AAUUCUAGGGUUUUAGAAUUAGAAGUUAAAACCCUAGAUUAUCAACUGUGUUUUGCGAUCCCUUAUCCUCUCGAUCUGUUCCUUUGAAAGCCCUAGAUUUUUCUCAAAGUAAAAUCAUCUUCGUUUAUAAUCAUUCCAUUGUCUGUGAUUUCUUGAUUUUUUUGGCUACAUUUCCCAACUGUCUUUCUGUACCUUAAUCAAAGCCCAUUAUCAAUUUUUUUGGUUUGCGACGAUGUCUCGGGUUUAUGUUGGGAAUCUGGAUCCUGAGGUCUCCGAGAGGGAUCUCGAAGAUGAAUUUCUAGCUUUUGGAGUUCUUUGCAGUGUAUGGGUUGCUAGAAGACCAGCAGGAUAUGCAUUUGUUGAGUUUGACUAUCGUAGGGACGCUAUUGAUGCCAUUUGUGAGCUGGAUGGGCCUUUGCAGAUCGUGCCAAGCAUGUAUGGUUCUUUAGAUAUAAAGUUAAAUAAGUUAGCUGCUACCAUUUUUUUUUCCCUACUCCUCAAGCAUGUGAAACUUUCUCAUAAUUCUAAGGGUGGUGGAGGACAUAGUGGAUGCCGUGGUGGUGAAGAUUUGAAGUGUUAUGAAUGUGGAGAACCUGGCCACUUUGCCCAGGAGUGUUACUUGUGCAUUGGUUCAGGAGGUCAACAUCGAAGCCCUAACCCUCACUGCCAUAUGAGUCCAAGUUAUGGGCAUGGGCACAGAAUCUAUAGCCCACAUGGCCGAAAAUCACCCCGACACCGUAGCUUCUCACCUAGUUGUGGUUGCAGCCAUAGCAGGUCCCCUCCAUAUCAUUGUUCUCGCCAUGAUUCUACAUAUGCUAAUGCCAUCAAAAGGGGUGCCUUGGAUGCUGUCUUGUGUUUGCUGGGUGGCAGUCUUCAGUUCAGCAUUUGAAAGAGGGAGGUCUCUUUCUUACUUUGAUUAUUAUUUGCUUGUGCUUAUCUUAUGAGCCUUUCUGUUGAGUUGGUGACUGUGGUAGAUUUAUCUAUUUAACAAGGGAUGAUAGUAAAUGAUUUAAUUGUUUGCUUUGAUCCUGAGGUGUGCUUUUGACGUAAAAUGACGUCCUUUGACCCUUUACUGCAUGGAAGGUGAGUUGGCUCCCUUUGUCACUGCUUCUCUGCACCACUUCAUCUACUUACUGUUGUUUGUGCUCAUUAUAAAGCUUGUGAAUCAGAUGUUGAAAUUGCCUAGUCUCAAUAAAUUUGGUUGCAACCCUUUUGUGAUGUGUGCAUCACCAACAAAGCUUCUAGAACUUAAGAUCUUCGGUGUCUGCUGGCUGGUAAAAGACGAUGGAAUGCCAGAAUUGUCAUCAAUUUGAUUGUUUUUCUGCUUUACAUCAUCUAUGUCAUGUAGCUCUGUCUCUUGUCCAGCAAGAAACUACAAUUGCUCGAAAACCCACAACAUCUUUUCUUAGUGUGAUCUGCUCUGCGUCCUCCUGCUAUCUGGUUCUGCAACGUGUUUUCUUAGCAUGCUCUCCUUCAGUAAAAUGCAAGGAUAGAUUAUUUGCCUGAAGAUGUGUGGGAAAUAUAUGGUUAUUCGUAUCUCCUAGUACAAAGGUUGCACGGUACCCUCCAGGCUGCACCGAUGUCUUCAAUUUUAUUGGACUAAAAAAUUUUCCCCCACUCCCCUUUGUUUCCUCAUGCUAGACAGCUCUUAACAUGUUGUUGGAUAGUUCUUUGGUUUGGUAAUAAAAUUCCUUAUUUGAU